AUGAAUGAUGUUGUGGAAGAAGAGAAUGGACCAGAUGAGGAUCAUCUUCCAAAAGAUCAUCAAAUUAUAACGUCAGUACAAAGGGACGAUAAGAAAGCUGGUGCUGAUAAAUUGAGCAAAAUGGCUGCUCAAACUUUUGCAAGAACGAUCAAUGGUCAAGAGAUGAAUCAAGAGAUGGAGGGUGUUCAACGCUGGAAUGGUCCUGCAGCUGGUUUCUUAACUAAAACUGGUCAAGGUGGAAAAAUAGGUUCAUUAUUCUUGACUACAGUCGAGGUUACAUCGUGGUCAGGCUACGUAGACGCGUAUGAAAGACACAACAGCAAUCACAUGAUGGAACUUCAAAUUUUCAACCUCCAUUUGCGAAGAGAUCAUGGAUACGGGAUGCAGAAGAAGUAUCCAAAGUGGAAAGGGUUAUCAUAUCUGUAA